AUGGCCACAAUCAACACCGAGCUCUCGCUAGUGCGACGCUUUCACGCGCUGCUGCAGAACUACGAUUCGCGGCCCGCCGUUGCGCGCCGUAACACGCUUCCGACUCUUUCCCGUUUCCUCCGUAGCAAAGACCGCCAGAUCCGCAAGCUUUCUCUGGAGGCGGUCUACCUCCUGGCUGAGCACCACGAGAACCUCGAGCUGCUCGGUAACGACCAAGACCUUGUCGAAGGCGUGGCCGAGAUCUACGAUGGGGCCCAGUACGACGACCCGGAACUGUACGACCUGUCCAACAAAACACUUGAUCUCCUCGCGCAGACCUUCCGCUGCGGCGACCCGCGCGAGGUGGUGGCGCGGCGGGCGGAGCAGGAUGCCGUGGUCGCGUCCGCUGGUGCGGUACCGCGGUUCCCCACACCGCUCCUGGACGCUGGCAGCUCCUCGGAGCUGCCGGACUUGUCGAACGCUGUCCGCGAAUACGACACAAUCAUCGGCGACGGUCACGCCGAGGCGGUCGGCGACUUUGAUCAGCUCUCCGUCAUCUCUGGUGGAACUGGCUUCGAGAUGGCCAGCUCGAGCUCUUACCUGACACGGCGCAUGACAGACCCUGCGCUUCGGCCGUCGGAGGUGAUUCGUGGCGUCGGCAAAGACUGCCCUCUCUCGAUUGUGUUGGAGAUCCCGGCGCUGGAUGCGAUGACGGACACCUCGCACAUCGAGGAGAUUCUGCAGACGACGCGCGGAAUUAUGUCGUACACCAUUACGGCGAGCGCCCACCAAAUUCGCGUCUUUCUCUCCGCCUUCGCCCAGGCACCGCUGCAGAAUAUGCUGACGGAGGCUGGCUACGAGAACAUACUGACCAGCGCCGAGCGGAUGCGCUACCAAGGUAGCGAUAUCGGCAAUCAGAGUCUCAACGGCAGCUUCUUUUACGACCAGCAAAGCAAGCGGCCGUCCUAUGUGCAGAGUGCAAAGAACUUCGCUUCGAACCUGUUUAAUUCCGUAAUGGUGUACAGUGACCCUAGGAAUAACUCCCUGGCGGCGCGCAUCAGGCAGCAGCGGGCGGCGAAAGAAGAGGGUGGCAACACCACUGCAGACCGGAUCGCACAGGCGUUUUCGCGAUGGUGGUAG